AAAUAGUAGAAGUAGUAGGGUAGUAACGUGUAGAAUUUUGUAGAGUUGUGAUUGUGGUGUUCGUUUCUUAUCGCACACUGUUAGUCGAAAUAUAAAAAAGAAUAAUAUAUAUAUAUAUUUAUACUUUAAGUCCACACCUGUCAUUAUCCAUUUGAACCAUAAACAUAAAAAACACUUGAAGUAAUUGAUCGCAUAUUAACAAGAUGAAUCAGAGUGGAAGAAAUAGCUGUACCGGUAAGUCCGGAACAGUAGUAAUUAAGAUCGGAUCGUCGUCACUCGCAAACGAAGAGACAGGACAAGUGAAGCUUCAAGUUUUAUCUGCUUUGGUAGAUGUGAUUUGCAAUUUGAAGACUCGGGGAUACAAUGUUGUUCUUGUAAGUAGUGGUGCUGUUGGCCUAGGGCAGCUCACCAUGGGUAUGACGGAACGUCCGUCGUCUACAGCUGGAAAGCAAGCUUUGGCAGCCAUCGGACAGGGCAAGCUCAUGUCUGUAUACGAUAGCCUUUUUGGGUACUUCAAUGUCAAGGUCGCACAAGUGUUGCUCUCCCGACCGGAUCUAUCCGAUAAAUACAGAUUCAACAGAGUUAAGAACACGAUGUCCGAGCUCUUUAACCUUGGGGUCAUUCCGAUUUUAAACGAAAACGAUACUUUGACAGUCGAGCAGGAGUUAGUAUUUGGCGACAACGACUCUUUGUCAGCUAUGGUGUCAGCAUUGGUGGAAGCUGACUGGUUGUUCCUCAUGACGGAUGUCGAUGGUUUAUAUGACACCAAUCCACACACGAACCCAGACGCACAACGUCUGAAACGAGUCAGCAGUUUUAGUGACUUGGAAGUUGUAACAGAAGGAUCGAGCUCAAAAUUCGGUACUGGAGGCAUGGCCACGAAACUGAACGCAGCCCGUAUGUCUACCGCCUGUGGUUGCCACUGUGUCAUCACGAACGCGAGUACACCCGAAGACAUUUUGACUAUUAUGGAUGGUGGCGACAAGGGCACCUUAUUUGAGCCUAAAGACAACCCAGUGACAGUCCAGAAACGAUUUUUAACGUACGGAGCAAUGGUAAAGGGGAAAGUGUUCGUAGAUGCUGGUGCGGAGAGGGCCAUUGCUAAAAAAUGCAAUCUAUUCCCAUCGGGUAUCACGAGCGUGGAGGGUGAUUUCGAAACCGAGAGCGUGGUGAGUGUUAUAGGACCAAAGGGUGCCGACUUGGGUCAAGGAAUCGUAAAUUACAGUAGCGAGCAGAUAGAGAUGAUCAAAGGCCAUCAAUCUGAGGAUAUCCACGAUAUACUAGGAUUUGAUAACGAGGACUAUGUCAUCGACAGAGACGUGCUUGCAGUAAAUCCCCACUGCAUUCAUUAAACACUCGUACACUAACGCCGAAUAUUAUAGAUUCAAGGGAACAGCCCGAAACGGGAGGCCGGAACAAUAUCAAAUUGCCAAAGGUAUCCUAUGGAUGCCACACUUCUUUGCUAGGGCUCAUUUGUCACUGAAACAUACCAAGUGCUGGUCAAGGGGACUUAUAAGGGUUUUUUAAAGUAAGCGAAAUUUUCGCGGACACUAGUAAGCCAAAGAAUUUUGUAGAUAGAUCAAAUUAUUAAAACUUAUUUCAAAAAACUCCUGGGUGAAAGUCAGACUCGAGAAGUGUAUUAAGCAUGCUAAUAUUAAAUGGCUUCAACGCCAAUCUAAUAAAUUACGCUAUAGAAUGUGGAAUAUACUA